CUGUUAAACGCACUCCGCAUAAACAAAAAAAGAGCCAACUUUUUUAAACAAUUUGUACGGAAAUAUUAGACGCCUGCCACCAAUUUAUGCGAUGCCAAAAGAAAGUCAUAACAUCGUAUGGAAUCCGCCGCAAGUGAAGCACCUUCUGAUGCUCUUCAAACGCCACCGGAAUCUCUACGAUCCGACGGACCCUGAUUACAACAAAAAAGGCCGUCGGUCUUUUGCCCUGGCCAGGAUUCUCCUGUCCCUACGUCAAGCGAUGCCGCAGCUCACCGAAGAGGAUGUAGUGAACAAAUUUGGCAGCAUACGGCGCAAGUACUCGGCCUUAGCCCUGCGUAUCAACGAGCCGGGCGUGCAGCUGCCCUACUGGUAUCAGUUCAUGGAGUUCUACAGGCCACAUCUGAAGAACUGGCGCCACAAAGAAAGCCCGCCCUUCACAGCGGUCAGCGUGGCCAAGCGGCCAAAGCCCGACACAGAUGAGCAUCUGGCGGCCCUGGACGCGAUUCUUGGCCAAAGUGUAAAGAGCGAAAGGGCUGGUGCCCCAGCCGAUCAGUCGGCUUCGGAUGAUAGUAGCGAGGAUGACGACGAGGACGAGUCUGACGCCAGCAAAAUAAAUCCGCAUCACAGCCGCUCGUCCGCCCAGGCUAUUCUGGAUACGGCCACAACUAUGCUGGGACGUUUGGCCGACCGCGUUACCUACACCCCCGACGUGGAAGCCUUUGGCGAGAUGGUGAAGGCCGAGAUGCAUUGCCUGCAGCCCCACAGCCGGCGCCGUCUGCGCAAUAAGCUCAUGGCGGUCAUCAUCGACGAGGGGGAAAAUUCGAAUUAUAUGUAGCACACCAUUUUUAAUGGUAGAAUAUUCGAUAAUAUUUAUAGAUAUGAUUUAGGCGUCUGUUAACUUAAGAAAUGAAAGCAUUGCAACUGUU